ACACAAGGGCAGGAAGAAAACUAGAAAUCAAACUCAGUGGAAGAAAACUUAAAAACAAAACAGGAAACGCUAAUAAAACUAAAGCUUAAAGUGAAACACCACCCAAUACAAUCCAGACCAAAACAGAUCAAAUACAUGUAAAAAUAUAAGGAAAUGUAAAUGUAGAAAAGACGUAUUGGGGUGAAAAGGUCUAAUUUUGGGGUCAAUUUGUAUGUGACUGAUUUCAAAGUCUGGGUCAGCUUCAGCUGGUUUUUUUAAAUCUCUAUUCUCCCACCAUCUCUGUCAAAGUAAUAUUUGGGCCUUCAGCUAUACAAGUUUACCAGAGGUGAAAUUCCCUUCAAGUUUGCAGCUCCGGAGCUUCCCAUUGUGGAGAGAAGAAACUGGCUAAUCCAUCAGCACUACAUCCGCAAAGACUAUGACACCUGUAAGGCAAUCAUCAAAGAGCAACUGCAGGAGACUAAUGGAAUGUGUGAAUAUGCCAUUUAUGUUCAAGCACUAAUCUUACGUCUGGAGGGCAAGAUCCAACAGUCCCUCGAGCUGUUUCAGAGCUGCGCCAUUCUUAAUCCCAGCAGCGCUGACAAUCUCAAGCAAGUGGCCAGAUCACUGUUUCUCCUGGGAAAGCACAAAGCAGCUAUUGAAUUCUAUCACGAAGCUGCAAAGCUGAACGAGAACGACUGGGAGAUCAGUCAUAAUCUGGGCUUGUGCUAUUUCUUCAUCAAAGACUUCAAAAAUGCUGAGGAGCAUCUCAACAUGGCUCUUCAGAUAAACAAACAGGACAAAUCUUUCAUGGUGCUCGGGAAGGUUCAUUUGCUGGCUGGAGAGAAUGACAAGGCGGUAGAGGUCUAUAAGAAGGCAGUGGAAUUUUCUCCGGAAAACACUGAGCUGCUCACUACUCUCGGCCUAUUGUAUUUACAGCUUGGAAAAUACCAAAAAGCUUUCGUGCACCUUGGAAACGCCCUCACUUUUGACCCCAGCAAUUAUAAGGCCAUCCUGGCUGCAGGCAGCAUGAUGCAGACUCAUGGGGACUUUGAUGUGGCCAUGAACAAGUACCGAGUGGCAGCAUGUGCUGUUCCUGAGAACCCCCCGCUUUGGAAUAACAUCGGCAUGUGCUUCUUUGGAAAAAAGAAAUAUGUAGCUGCCAUCAGCUGCCUGAAGCGAGCCCACUACUUGUCUCCGUUUGACUGGAAAGUCUUGUACAACCUGGGCCUGGUACACCUGACCAUGCAGCAGUAUGCCUCUGCUUUCCACUUCCUCAGCGCAGCCAUCAACCUGAACCCACGUAUGGGUGACCUCUACAUGCUGCUGGCAGUGGCAUUGACCAACUUGGAGGAUGAAGAAAAUGCCACCAGAGCAUAUGAACAAGCUGUGACGAUGGAUGAAUCAAAUCCUCUGGUCAACCUGAACUUUGCCAUCUUCCUUUAUAAUCACGGUGAAAAGAAGAGAGCUCUGGAUCAAUAUCACGAGAUGGAGAGGAAAGUCAACCUGCUUCGAGACAGCAGCAGCAAUUUUGAAUUUGAUCCUGAGCUGAUGGAAAUGGCUCAGAAGAUGGGAGCCGCCCUGCAGGUGACAGAGAGUCUGGUUUGGACUAAACCAGGCAAAGACUUCAAAUCCAAAACAAACUCUGCAGCAGACACCAAAACCCCCGGUGCUCCCCUUGGAACCAACCAAGCUCUGGGCCAAGCCAUGUCUUCUGCUGCAAGCUACAACAAGAACUUCCAGCUCCCAGCAGGAGUUUCUAAAAGCCCCUCCAUGCCUCUGGAGCCAGAACCUGAUGUGGAGAGUGCUCCCAGUCCACCCAGUGAUCCUCCAGGCUCCCCAGAACCUGCAGAGGCAAUUAAUCCCAAACCCAAGACCAAGAGGAAAACUAAGGUGGAGGAAUGAAUGCACCGAGGACGACACUCUCAAUAUCACUCCACAGAAAUGAGAACAUAAGGUUCUUAAACAGCAAUCAAGCUAUUUGUGUUUUUGUAAGGUCAUUGUAAUCAAAUAUAAUGGAUAAUAGUCCUCUGCACAGUUAACAGCCAUUUUAAUAUCCUAUAUAAUCAUUUAUUUCACACUGAAAAGGGCAAGACAGUGCAUUUCUGUUACACCAUCUAUUAAAGACAUAUUGAAUGUCAGUAAACCACUCUACAAAUGUUAAGUCAGAAUCUCUGGUCCAUGUUUGGUUCACAUGAAUGAAUGUUACAGUUGAAGGAAAUCCAGAGGAAAUGGAAAUAAUGGCAUCAGUGCAGCUGUAAUUUUAAUAUGAUGAUUUGCUAGCAAUAAGGUUUUAUGAGGGAUAGAUAUUUUUAGGGACGGUGUCAGUCUGUUAAACAUUCAGACAGCUAAAGAAAUGUGAAGGAAAUGCUGUGACAAUCACUUGUAAAGUUGGAUUAAAAAUGAAUGUCCAGGCAUAGUUAGGAGAUACUGAUGUCUGUAUGAUAGGGAUUAUUCUGAGGGUUGAGUGUAAAUAGUGACACAUGCUUUUAUAAUGUGUAUAAAUGUUUAUAGAGAGUAAUGUAUUUAAUGAUAAAUAAAAGACUUUAAAGAAAA